UGCAGAAGGGGGCCAACUCGGGGAGGGACGGCAGUUUAGGGCCUAGGGGGCCACGUGACCCUCCCCCAGGAAUGCGGUGACGUCAUCGGAGGCGUGGCCGUCCCCAAAAUUGGGGAGGAAGGGGGGAAAAAAAAGAGCAAGAAAAAGUUUCUUUCCUGGAGUUCCAAACGAGGUGUGGAGCGGCAGAGGGGGGCACGGCUAGAGGGCUCCCUGGGGUGGGUCAGGGGACCGCUCUCUGGAGCCUCCCCCAUCCCAGGCCAUGUCGGGGCCCACCUGGCUCCCCCCGAAGCAGCCGGAGUCCGCCCGAGCCCCUCAGGGGAGAGCAUCCUCCCGAGGCUCCCCGGGGCCGCCGCCAGCCCACGGAGCAGCACUCCAGCCCCAUCCCAGGGUCAAUUUUUGCCCCCUCCCAUCUGAUCAGUGUUACCAGGCCCCAGGGGUAUUGGAGGAUCCGGGGCCGGCCUGGGUGGGGCCCCAUGGAGUGCCCCAGCGUGCGCAGGGGCUCCCUCCAGAUAGGGGGGGCUUACACCCAGGAAGUCUGGAUGCUGAGAUAGAUUCUCUGACCAGCAUGCUGGCUGAGCUGGACGGGGGUCGUGGUCACGCCCCACGGCGACCAGACCGACAGGUUUAUGAGUCCCCCCAGCCCCCAGCCUACCGCUCGGGCUCCCUGAAGCCGAAUGGAGGGGGUGUUCCAGCCCCGCAGCUCCCAGCAGCCCCCUAUGGGGGUCCUACUCCGGCCUCCUAUGCCACUGCCAGCACCCCUGCUGGCCCAGCCUUCCCUGUGCAAGUGAAGGUGGCACAGCCGGUGAGGGGCUGCGGGCCGCCGAGGCGGGGGGCCUCUCAGGCUGCUGGGCCCCUCUCGGGCCCCCACCUUCCUGUCCUAGGCCGAGGGGAAGUCUGGGGAGCUGGCUAUCGGAGCCACCGGGAGCCAGGGGGUAAAGAGGAGGUGGCUGGGGUCUCUGGCCUGGCUGGAGGAGGAAGAGGAGGCCGGUAUGGGCCCCAGGUCCCUCUGAGCCAGCCUCCCGAGGAGGAGCUGGAGAGGCUGACCGAGAAGCUGGUGCACGACAUGAACCACCCACCCAGUGGGGAGUACUUUGGCCGGUGUGGGGGCUGCGGAGAAGAUGUGGUCGGGGAUGGGGCUGGGGUCGUGGCUCUCGACAGAGUCUUCCACGUCGGCUGCUUUGUCUGUUCCACGUGCCGGGCCCAGCUCCGGGGCCAGCAUUUCUACGCCGUGGAGAGGAGAGCAUAUUGCGAGAGCUGCUACGUGGCAACUCUAGAGAAGUGCUCCACGUGCUCCCAGCCCAUCCUGGACCGGAUCUUGCGGGCCAUGGGGAAGGCUUACCACCCUGGCUGCUUCACCUGUGUGGUAUGCCACCGUGGCCUCGAUGGCAUCCCCUUCACAGUGGACGCCACCAGCCAGAUCCACUGUAUUGAGGACUUCCACAGGAAGUUUGCUCCACGGUGCUCGGUGUGUGGCGGGGCCAUCAUGCCUGAGCCAGGCCAGGAGGAGACUGUGCGAAUUGUUGCUCUAGAUCGUAGUUUUCACAUUGGAUGCUACAAGUGUGAGGAGUGUGGGUUGCUGCUCUCUUCUGAGGGUGAGUGUCAGGGCUGCUACCCGCUGGAUGGACACAUCCUGUGCAAGGCCUGCAGCGCCUGGCGCAUCCAGGAACUCUCAGCCACUGUCACCACCGAUUGCUGAGUCUUUCUAGAAGCAUCGGCUGCAUUCUCAGCUCCCAUUGACCACCCUUCUGACAUCUACCUUUACAACUGUGUCAUCAGAUGCUGUCUCUUCCUCUAUUCAUGAAAUAAUAUUCCCUCAAGAGUUUACAAAACACUUUCAAGCCUAUUGUCUCAUCUGAUUCUCACAGCAGCCCGACACAAACAAGCACAACUGUUAUCACUGACAUUUUUACGUGUGAGAACACAAGCGCUAAUAAGUCACUUCCCCAGAUUGUACGGUUCCCAAAUGGCAGAACCAAGAGUUGAACCUGGGUCUCGUUACCCCUCCCUGGUCCAGUUAUUUUUGCAACUCUACUAUACUCUUUUUUGCGUUGCUCGGUGUAAAGACAUCUCUCCUCUCCGUGCCGGGAGCAAGAGUGCAGCAAGCUCCAAGGAGGCAACAUUUCCUACUAGUAGCUCUCACACUCAGUUGAUUAAAAAGGGCUUGAUGUUA